CAAUGAAGGAAGAAAAAGGUGUUUUACGGCUUCUGUAAUGUCUGUAAUUCGAAGGACAAUAGAGAGAUGAUGGUGAAUCUAGUACUCGAAAGAGGAUGAGCUAGCUACGUAUUUAACAAGAAAUUAUCCUUUGUUAUAAAAAUUAAUCUUCCAAAAGACAUCGUUCGCCUGUUUUAAUUCCGUGCUAGACUACCAGCUCUACAAGGAGGAAACUUGAGGGGAGGUUAUUGAAGGAGAGAUGUUGCAGAGCAAAGUAUUUAACAAGAAAACCAGGGGAGGCAAAAUACAAAAGCAAGUGAGAGAAGUGUAUCUGAGAGACGACAUAUACUGUGGAGCUUCCUGUUGCAAGCAGUGUGAUAAUUCAGCUGCUCGCUUGACUUCUUCUACGAUUCUCGUAGUUGACACUAAUGUCGUUCUUCGCCAGAUUGAUUUGCUGGAGAAUCCAGCAAUCGACGAUGUGGUUGUGCUAUCCAUUGUCCUGGAAGAGGUUAAGAACAAGAACAUGUCAGUUUACAAUAGAAUAAGAGCCCUAUGCAGCAAUUCUAUGAGGAGAUUCUAUGUUUUUGCUAAUCAAUUCCAUAAGGAUACUUAUGUGAAGGCUAUGGAGAGAGAAAGUGCAAAUGAUCGUAAUGAUAGAGCAAUUCGCAUAGCUACACGAUGGUAUCAAACUCAUCUUGGUGAUGCAACACGAGUUUUACUUAUAACAAAUGACAGGGAAAAUAGGACAAAGGCUAUUGAAGAGGGCAUUUCUGCAGAGACAAUUGAGUCCUAUGUUAAAUCUUUGGGUCAACCGGAUUUGCUUGACUUAGUUGUCCGACCUUCAUCUGAGGACAUAAUCAUGGAAGAAGUCGAUGAUCCAAGACCUUUAAAGAGGAAAAUCAUAUACCAAGAGCACAAGCCCAUGUCUGAGAUUACUGCAGGCUUGCAUCGUGGAAUAUAUCACCAAGGAAAACUUCGUGUUAACCGUUACAAUCCAUUUGAAGCAUAUGUUGGGAGUGAGAGCAUUGGUGAAGAAGUAAUUAUUUAUGGUCGUAGUAACAUGAAUAGGGCUUUUGAUGGUGAUAUUGUGGCUGUGGAGCUUUUGCCUCAAGAUCAAUGGCAUGAGGAGAAAAGUCUAUCCAUAGUAGACGAAGGAGAAGAUGAUGAGGACGAUGACGUUCAUCUUAUCCCAACCAGUGCAGAUGAUGCUCCUAGAAUCACAAAUCUAGUACAAGGUGCUGAUAGGGGCAAAAAUAUCACCCUAAGUCGGCCAUCAGGCCGUGUUGUCGGCAUUAUAAGGCGCAACUGGCACUCUUACUGUGGAUCUCUGGAGCCAAUGCCUUUGCCUGCUGGCAGUGGAAGUGUUGCUCAUGCCUUAUUUGUCUCCAAAGACCAUAGAGUUCCUAAAAUUCGGAUUACAACACGACAGCUUGAAAAUCUUUUGGAUAAGAGAAUAAUUGUGGCAGUUGAUUCUUGGGACUGUCAAUCUCGUUACCCUUCUGGUCAUUAUGUUCGAACCAUAGGGGACAUAGGUGAUAGAGAUACCGAAACUGAGGUGGUCUUAAUAGAGAAUGAUAUAAACUCAAGGCCAUUCUCGACUCAAGUUUUGGCAUGCUUGCCACCAUUACCAUGGUCAGUUUCUUCCGCAGACCUGGAAAAUCCUGUUAGGUUGGAUUUACGACAUUUGCGUGUCUUCAGUGUAGAUCCCCCAGGAUGCAAGGAUAUUGAUGAUGCACUGCACUGCACAGCUCUACCAAAUGAAAACUUUGAAGUUGGAGUUCAUAUUGCUGAUGUAACAAAUUUUAUUCACCCUGGAACCCCUCUUGACUAUGAAGCUACACAAAGGGGCACAUCUGUUUACCUUGUUGAUCGCCGUAUUGACAUGCUUCCUAAACCUCUAACUGAAGAUAUAUGUUCACUUCGAGCGGAUGUGGAAAGGCUUGCUUUCUCUGUUAUUUGGGAAAUGACUCCUGAAGCAGAGAUUGUUUCCAUGAGGUACACAAAAAGUGUCAUCAAAUCCUGCGCCGCUUUAUCUUAUGUUGAAGCUCAGGCUAGAAUGGAUGAUAGUCGAUUAACAGAUUCAGUAACCACAGAUUUGAGAAAUAUGAAUGCUUUGGCAAAGAUAAUGAGGCAAAGGCGUAUCGACAGAGGAGCUUUAACCCUCGCCUCUGCUGAAGUCAAAUUUCAAAUUGAUACUGAGACUCAUGAUCCUCUUGAUAUUGGUAUGUAUCAAAUCCGAGAAGCAAACCAAAUGGUCGAGGAGUUUAUGCUCGCAGCUAAUGUUUCAGUUGCUGAAAAAAUCCUCAAUCAUUUUCCUUCUUGUUCGCUGUUGAGACGUCAUCCAACUCCUACCAGAGAGAUGCUUGAACCUUUGUUAUGUACUGCUGCUACUGCUGGAAUUGCCUUGGAUGUCUCAUCAUCAAAAGCACUGGCUGAUUCACUUGAUCGAGCUGUGGGUGAUGAUCCAUAUUUCAAUAAGCUGAUCCGGAUAUUGGCAACUAGGUGCAUGACCCAGGCCGUUUACUUCUGUAGUGGGGAUCUCAGCCCUCCAGAAUUCCACCAUUAUGGGCUUGCAGCACCUCUAUAUACCCAUUUCACUUCCCCUAUUAGAAGAUAUGCAGAUGUCAUUGUACACAGGUUACUUGCGGCAUCCUUAGGUAUAUACAAGCUUCCAACAGUAUUCCAAGACAGACCUCAACUCACUAGCAUUGCUGACAAUUUAAACUAUCGCCAUAGGAAUGCCCAGAUGGCAAGCCGAGCCUCAGUAGAGCUCCACACUCUUAUCUUCUUCAGGAAUCGGCCCACGGAUACAGAGGCAAGAAUAGUGAAGAUAAGAUCCAACGGAUUUAUAGUUUUUGUGCCCAAGUAUGGAAUAGAAGGGCCAGUGUACCUAACAACCAGAAGCGAAAAGGGAGGUGGGGAAUGGUAUGCAGAUGAGAAGCAGCAGAAGAUUGUGAAGAUGGAUGGUAGCACUUCCUACACUGUUCUGCAGACAGUGCAGAUUCACAUGGAGGUUGUGGAGCCUCACCCGAACCGCCCCAAGCUCCAACUCAUGCUUAAGGAAAAACUUGCGUGAUCUUCCUCUGAAAGACGAAGUGAUUACUUGAUCAGGGAGCAAUUGCUGCAAGAAGCUGUAACAUCUAUUUUGGUUGUUGAGACUAGGUUGUAGAAUUGUAGAGGGAUGAACUUUUUUUAUUAUUAUUAUUUUUUCUUUUAGGGAGGUGUUUUUUGAGUGAGAAAAUGUAAUAUUAUUUUCAUUUUCAGUUUACACUGUUCAAACCCAGAACUGGUGUCUAAGAGAGUGAAAUCUUUUAAAGCAUUAGUUAGGAAGAACAGGACUUGGCACAUUAAUUUUUGAAAUGAUCUGUGACAUAAAUAAUCUAA